AUGAAGAAGCUCGCUGUUGUAAUGGUGGAGGAUUGGAAUAUUUAUUCAAAGUUUAGCAACGAGUACAAUAUCCUUUGUAGGAAUUAUGCGAUGGGCAGAAAAGUCACGAUUGCUUAUGCAGUCUCUCUAUACGGCUCAAUGACUCCCUUUCUCCUCGUGCCAGUGUUAUUAAACACAGCUAAUUAUAUGGGUCUGUACAACAUGUCUGACGAUAGACCUUUGAUGUUCCGCACGGAAUACUUUCUAGAUUCCCAGAAGUAUUACUAUCCGUUACUGGUGCACUCGUACAUCGGCACCCUCGGCUUCGUCUCGAUCGUCGUGGCGAUUGACUCGAUGUUGGUGUUUCACGUCCAGCACGAAUGCGGCAUGUGCGAAAUCCUAGGAUAUCGGCUAGCGCGGAUUGUUGAAGCAACUACUUUAGACAUAAAUUUGUAUCCAUCUAGAGAAGAGGAUACGGCGUACAAACGUGCUAAGAGUUGUGUGAUCAUGCACAACCACAUAAUAGAGUACGCUAAAUGUAUCGAGAAUGCGAAUACGACAUCGUAUUUUUUUCAAUUAGGUUGUAAUAUGAUGGGCAUGACUUUUACAAUAUUCCAGGCGGUGGUGAAGUUGACCGAUCCAAAGGAAGCUCUGCGAUACGCAUCGUUCACGGUGACCUUGUUCUCCGUGCUCUUUCUCGAAAGCUGGCCGGGCCAGCAAUUGUCGGAUUACACUGAUAAAAUUUUUAGAUACAUAACCGAUGGACAGUGGUAUCAGUCUCCGUUGAGCGUGAGGAAAGUGAUCUGCAUUAUGCUGUUGAAAAGUUACGUGCCAAUUAGAAUAACUGCGGGCAAGCUGUACGCGCUGAAUUUGCAGAACUUCUCUGCCGUUAUGCGCACGUCGUUCUCUUACUUCACCGUCCUCUGUUCUAUGCAGUGAGCGUAUUACAGCUCAAUGGUUGUUAUAUGACAGCAGUUA